AUGUCCAAGGUUCAUCCCCCUCUUCAGAAGACAGCUACACCGUCUGUGUCUAAAGAUGUCAAGACUUCUGGUAAGUCUUCUGAACUCAUAAUCCCCAAUAAAGACAAGAAUACUGCUGAAGAAGAAUCUAGGCUUAAAGGGUCUGAACUUAUAAACCCUAGCAUGCAUGUUGAUGACCCUGUAAAUCCCAUGGCACUAGAAAGAAGUGAAACUGAUAAGGAACUUAGGAAGUUUGUUGCUUCUGUUUUGAAGGAAGUAAACUCUGAUGCUUUGCCAGAUGUUCAAACAUCUUUGGCAAAAGAUCCAAGUCCUGAAAAUGAGUCAAGGGAAAAAGCUGAAGAAAAUGUUCCUGAUCAUACUGCUCGUGAGAGAAGAAUUUCUCCCUCCAGGAAAGUGAAGAGAAAAGCUGAUGGGUUGAAAGGAACUCCUUGUAGAAGCUUCAUAGGAAAAUCUCCUGUUGGACCCACUAGGUCCAAAUCUCCACUGGACAAUGCUUCUUCACAUUAUGUGAAGAAUGCAGAAAGGUGGAAGUAUGUCAUCCAGAGAAGGGUAGCCCUAGAAAGGGAAUUGGGAAAAGAUGCCCUUAAGUGUAAGGAGGCCAUGGAACUGAUAGAAGCUGUAGGGCUGAUGAAGACUGUCACACACUUUGGACCUUGCUAUGAAAACUUAGUAAAGGAGAUUGUGGUGACUAUCCCUGAUGGAUGUGAUGAUACGAAGAGUGCUGACCAUGGUAAAGUUUAUGCGAGAGGAAAUGUUAUAACAUUUUCCCCAGCUGCAAUCAAUAAAUUUCUAGGAAGAACAAAUGAACCUCAGGCUGAACUGGAAGUCACUAGUGAUCAGGUGUGCAAAGAAAUCACGACUAAACAGGUUAGACAUUGGCCAAACAAAGGGAAGCUGUCUGCUGAUAAGUUGAGUGUAAAAUAUGCCAUCCUGCAUAGGAUUGGUACUGCCAAUUGGGUGCCCAAUAAUCAUACCUCAACAAUCUCUAUUGGUCUGGGAAAAUUCAUUUAUGUUGUUGGUACAAAAAAAGAAUUUGACUUUGGAAAAUACAUCUUUGAAUAA